UAUAUGUAGCCUGUUGUGUAUCUCUCGCGGUGUUGUCCUGUACUAGUCACUUACUUUAUCAACCUUAGAGCCUCGCCCGUCGUUUCUUUGCGAUACCUGCGUCGCACACCUGGAUUCCGGAAGGGCUGUGACGUCAGCGGGAGAGGUGUCCGGAGGUAUGACUCAGGAAUUCAACACGCACACAAAAUCCUGGUCGACUGGAUUGGUGACCAGCUCGCAUAUAUCCGUGUCGCCGCAGUCACAAGAGCCGCAGAAACUCGGCACGUUGUUGUGUGUGUCAGAUUAUAAUUUUUUUUAGGAAAGAUUUUUUUUCAGAAGGAAGUUUUUGUUUUAACUAAAAAAUAAAAUGUCUAUUUUACCCAACGAGGCGGCCUUUGCCGACUUCCGGGAGCAGUGCCUAUCCACGGACAAUUGGUUCAACAAGUACGACAGGCAAGGGAUGCAGGUGUGGGUCGAAGGCUCUCCUGCAAUUAAAGGAAACGACGUCCCGAAAGUCCACAAGAUCAAGUGUAAAAUGACAAUCAACGACGUGUCCGCUGCCACCAUGUACGACGUGCUUCACGACGGGUCGUACCGUAAGAAGUGGGACCCCGCCAUGUUGGACAGCUUCGACAUUGCCCGGCUCUCUAUGAAUGCUGAUGUGGGCUACUACUCAUGGCUUUGUACAAAGCCCAUAAAGAACAGAGAUGUGGUAACUCUGCGUUCGUGGCAGGUGACGGACGACGAGUACAUCAUCAUCAACUUCUCAGUGAAACACCCGAAAUACCCUCCUCGCAGUGAUCUCGUGAGGGCCAUCUCCAUCCUCACUGGAUAUUUCAUCAAGCACACAGGACCGAACAGUUGCACUUUCAUAUACCUUUCACAAGCCGACCCCAAAGGUUCUCUUCCCAAGUGGGUGGUAAAACAAGCUUCUAAGGUUUUCGCUCCACGGGUGAUGGAGUGUAUACACAAGGCGGGACAGAACUACCCCGAGUGGAAACAGAAGAACUCCCCCGAUCAGAAGCCCUGGCUGUACCCGGUGCAGAGCAACCUGCCCAUGAUGGACUCCAGAGAGUUGUCCAUACAGAGAGCCGACUCGCUGGAGAACAUGGAUGAGAGUUUGAAGGUGGCCACUCAGGACAACGAGGACGGCAGCUGAAGCGCAUCAAAGUGAUGGGGGGGGGGGGGGGGGCAUUGGAGUAUAGACUGUUUGUACUCGCACAUUGAAUAUGACUAGAGACCUCAGACUCUGUGAUGUUGCCCCGAAUGCUCGUGAUUUCUCCCGGUUUUCCUGGAGCCGUGUGCCUUUUGGGAGGAGCGGGAGCGUGAAGUGUUUACAGCUGUUUUAGCAGACGAAAAUGAGCACAGAUCAAAUCCACCAUGUUGAAGCUAAACAUCUUGCCAGUGUUUGCCGACAUGCUUUAAAACUUCUCUUUUUUGUACAGACUUAUAGGUGUCAGGGUUUGAAUGUGUCAGUUGCAGCGCCACGCUUCCUACGGGUUCUCAGGCCUUCUGUAGUUGCAGCUGUGUAAAAUACACACAAACACGUUUUAAAUGAAGAAAGGAAGCGUGGUUGUCCACUUUGCCUUUAUAAGUGACUGAAUGGAAAUUAGAUUAGUCGGUGGCGAGAGUAGAGCCAAGUGGAAUUUGUACUUUUUCUUUGUUAAAUGUCAGAUCAAACGCAUCUGAGCAUGAUAAUCAGUUUUAUUCUGUUAAAUCACAUUUAAACAUGGCUGUUUGCAGGAAACCUAUUUUUGGUACAACGGUUUUGUGUGCAGCCACUGUUGGUGUCGACCUUGAAUGUUUUUUUUAAGGAGGUUUUUAGGCUUAUUGCAAAAACAAUUCACUGUCACUUUUUAUUGCUAACCAUUGCGUUUGUUUAGUUGUGAUGAGUGAGCGACUAUGUUGUUUCUUUCUUCAAUGUUUAAUGCAGAAGGACUGAUUGAAGGUCCAACGUAUUUAUUUCAGAUGUUGUGCAAUCAUAGGUUUAUGUAAUUCUUAUUUAAAGUUAUACAGACGCUAGGCUAACAGAUCAGUUGUUGAUCUCUCGGAAUGAAAAUAUGGUUAUGAUGUAUUUGAGCAAGUUUUAAUUGUCAGUUGAAUGACUACCUGAAAGAUUGGAAUGACCAUAAAGGAUAUCUUUUAGUUAAGUUACUGUAACCUCAGAUGAAGUUAUGAUGGAAGAAAAGCCCUGGAAUGAAGCCUUGCAGGCCGAAGUUAUGAGGUUGUUCUUCUUAAGAUGAUUGAUGUGUAAUGUUGCAUAGUCUUGACUUUAAAAAAAACAAAAACUAA